AUGAUGUCCUUCCAGAACGCGCCAUCCUGUGCGUCCCCAGCGGCGCGCACCCGGCAAUCUCCAUGAUUGCUAUCGGCACUGAUCAUCAGGGCACUGAUGAUCAAUGCCCUGAUGAUCAGUGCCUAGCAAUGCCGCCCAGCAGUGCCACCCAUCAGUGCCACCCAUCAGUGUUUCCCAGCAUUGCCACCUAGCAAUGCCGCCAGUCAGCGCCACCUAUCAGUGCCCAUCAGUGCCACCUAUCAGUGCCCAUCAUUGCUGCAUAUCAGUGCAGCAUCAUCAGUGCCUCCUCAUCAAUGCCCACCAGUGCCGCAUCAGUGCCACCUCAUCAGUGCAGCCUAUCAGUGCCCAUCAGUGCUUCCUAUCCAUUCCACCUCAUCGGUGACCAUCAGUUCCCAUCAGUGCUGCGUAUCAGUG